AUGCUUUCUAGUCAGUGCACGGUUUCUUCGUUUCUUUCUUCAUUACACUACAACAAUGCUCUACAGUCUACUCCUUAUACUGGACUCUAUAAUCUCUUACCUAUUUUUUCAACCACCACCAUCAUCUUCUUAACUUUCUCGCUCCUGUCUCUCUCACAUUCGUUACUUCCCAAGCUCAACGCUCUCUGUAGCUGCGAAACUUGCCAGUCUUAUCUCACUUCAAGCUGGUCAAAAAACUUUCCUAAUCUUUGCGAUUGGUUGGCUCACCUUCUUCGAAACUCCCCUGCUAAAACCAUCCACAUCCACGUUCUUGGGAACACGAUCACCGCGAACCCAGAAAACGUCGAGUACAUGCUGAAGACAAAAUUUAAUAAUUUCCCAAAAGGGAGAACUUUUUCCAUGAUCCUGGGCGAUUUCCUAGGGCGAGGUAUUUUCAACGUAGACGGCGAACUAUGGAAGUUUCAGAAAAAGAUGGCCAGCUUGGAGCUUAACAAGUCCUCCGUCAGAUCCUUCGCUUUUGAGAUUGUCAACUGUGAAAUCCAACAUCGCCUCAUCCCACUUCUGUUGUCAAAGCAAGACAGCGUUUUGGAUUUACAAGAUGUUUUUAGAAGAUUCUCGUUUGAUAGCAUUUGUCGAUUCUCCUUCGGGCUUGACCCUAAGUGCCUAGAGUUGUCUCUGCCCAUGUCGGAGUUCGCCGAUUCCUUUGACCUGGCUUCCAAGUUAUCAGCAGAGAGAGCGAUGGCAGUUUCCCCUUUGGUGUGGAAGAUCAAAAGGAUGCUCAAUCUGGGCAGCGAGAAGAGACUCAAAAAAGCGAUCAGAAUGAUUAAUCUGUUAGCCAAAGAGGUGAUAAGGCAAAAGCGAAAAAUCGGGUUUUCCGCUCAAAAAGAUUUGCUAUCACAGUUCAUGACCACUGUACACGACGACACGUACUUGAGAGAUAUUGUUAUAAGCUUCCUAUUGGCUGGUCGUGACACGGUGGCUUCAGCACUGACCAGUUUCUUCUGGCUACUGGCCAAACACCCAGAAGUAGAAUCAGCGAUUCGGCGCGAAGCAGACAAAUUAAUCGGACCCCAAAAAGAGCUCACGAGCCUGGAACAGUUGCGGCAACUGCACUAUUUACAAGCGGCAGCGUACGAAAGCAUGAGGCUUUACCCUCCGAUCCAAUUUGAUUCAAAGUUCUGCUUAAAAGACGAUGUGUUGCCCGAUGGGACGGCCGUGAAAAGUGGAACUAGGGUUACUUACCAUCCAUAUGCCAUGGGUCGGUUGGAGGAAAUUUGGGGUCCAGAUUGCUUUGAAUUCAAACCCGAACGGUGGUUGAGGGAUGGGCAGUUUUACCCAGAAAAUCCGUUCAAGUACCCGGUUUUCCAAGCCGGCCUAAGGGUGUGCUUGGGCAAAGAGAUGGCCAUGGUGGAGCUCAAAAGCGUGGCACUUUCAUUGCUCCGACGAUUCCAGAUCGAAUUGGUGUCUCCUAGUCACACCCCAAGGUUCUCUCCUGGACUCACGGCCACUUUCAGAUGUGGGCUUCCCGUACUGGUACGUGAAGUUGAGCAUCAUAGUCUAUAGUACUCUGGUAAUUAAUUUACAUAUAAUAUGGUCCAUGUAGCAUAGUUUGGUAGCUAGGAGGGUGUCAUGAAUCAAACAAAAGACUAGCAGAGAAAACGCCAUUGUUUUUCGUGCACCAUGUGGGGUGUAUUUGAUGAUUGAUGACGGGGGAAAGUGACUGGGGAGGCAUUGCAGUGGCCAUAUCACUGGACCCUUGCAACAGAAGCAGAAUGUCUUGGUGUCGGUGGAAUCUCUUGAUUAUUCUAAAUUAAUGGACUACAAACGUUGUUGGAGCUCUCUGUAGCUGUUGUUUUUUGACUGUGCAUGUGCAUAAUCAUCCUCCUUUGAUUCAACAGUUUGUUUAGUGCGCCACAACAGUUAAUACUCAUGUUUGCAUUGUAUUUGUAGACCUCAGUUAAGACUUGAGAGAGAGCGAAUAUAUGGCUCAUGAAGAAACUUGUAUAUAUGAUUAAUGCAGAUACUAUAUUGUACAGGUUAUAUUAAUUUAUUCUUA